AUGUCAAUUCUAACCACCUCCACAAGUCAACAAACUCCCUCCACUUCUCACCCCAUCUCCAGUCCCAUCUUUCAGGUAACAAAACUUUCGGAUUCGAUUAUUCUAAAGGCGUUGAAAAGUGUUUACAUUAUUAUGUUUCGAUUCCUUUUUUACGCUUAUAUCAAACAAGAAAAAAGAUGACAAAAAGUUUUGAUUCGAUUAGGAGAAUGAUGAAGCGUAUUACACUUGCUGUGGGUUGGUGCAUGUAAUUGACUUGGCCAAGAGUCUGAUCUUUACCAAGAUUUUCAUCUUUGGGUCUUUGCUGGCAGCAUCUCUCAGCACAGAUAUAGCCCCUCUUAUUGAAUUUGGUAAGUCUUUAUUUACUACAUAACAAUUUGUUAUUUCAAACUUUCCAAUUCCAAGUUCCUGAUUAAAUUUCAUCGUCAGGUUUCUUCCUGGCCUUUGGUCUAGCCCUUCUAAGCUAUGCAGCCCUGUUUCUGGGGAUGCGAAGGAAGAGAUUCCAUCUUUUCAUCCCCUAUUUCUUCGUGAGUUUCGUCCUGAUUGUUAUUGGUAAGUCGUCCUCAGCACUUCCAUAAACAAUUUCAGCGGUGGUUCAUCUGUUUGUCGACUUUUUGGAUAGCGCAAACACUCGAGAUACGAUGAGUUCCGGACGGAUCUCGUCCUUCAUGAUGCAGGUCGGUCCUUAAAAGGUCGUUUCUCAAAUAUCCCUUCAAGGCUUCUGUCAUUUAUUUACGAUUAUCAACCAUGUUUUGCAACACCUUCCUCGUCGUUGUCAUCAUCACUUUCAGAUUGGAUUAAUCGUCUUCGAGGUGUAUUGUCUGCUCGUAGUUUGGCGGGUGUUUAUCUACGUUUGUGACGCCAGAUCUUUCGAAGAAGUGGAGGAAAAGAGACUGAUCAAGCAGAAAAUGUACGAUAAUUAUGAGAUCGCCUUCUAA